UAACAGCAGAUAAAAAGCUGAGAUGACAGCUGUGUGACGAAGGAUGUGGGGGUGGGGGCGAAGGUGAAGCACAUGUAAGACAUCAGAUGUAAAACAUGGACUACGCCACCAAAGACAUCCACAUGCUAAGAAUGAGUGAAACUCUUGAGCCUGAGUUAUCAGCGGGGCAGUCAUCACAGCCAGAACCCGAGAGGGUACUUCAUCCCCCAGCUCUGUUACAGCUGAAUCUCCCCAAUCAAGACCCCGCAGAGGCCCAGCCACAAACCGAACUGAAGCUUCAGAAGUGGCCACCACAGCGACAACAAGAGCCCGACCUUGAGAACCAGCAACCCAAUGAACGAACUAAACCAGCGUGGAUAAAGCGCAGUUGUACGCUCUCUCUCCUCAUUCUGGGUUUCUGUUUGUGCGCUAUUUUCCUUACUACUUAUUACUCUCUUCGUCACGGGAACCAGAGCCAGGAAGUCCUUGUCAUUCCGUGUGACUCCCCAGCCUGCCAGAGAGCCUCAGUCCAUCUCUCCAUGUCUGCAGACCCCUUCACACACCCCUGUGACUACUUCCUGUUCUCAUGCAGAUCCAACAGACCUUCGCCUGAUGUGCAGGGGCAACAGAGAGAAAAAUCCAGAAGAGACAUAAAAGAAAAGAGGACACUGGACAGAAAGACUGAGCUUCUGCAGUAUCUCAGGGAGAUUUUGGAAUCAAAUGAUGGGCUUGCAAGUUCAGCUGUGCAGAAAGCUAAAGGGUUCUAUCGCACCUGUUUGGACACCAAGUCCUUGGAUAUUGCGGGAGUGGAGCCUUUCCUCGCACUCAUCCGCAAACUUGGAGGUUGGUCAGUCUCAGGCCAGUGGAAUCAGACCGACUUCAACUCCACCCUCAGCGUGCUGAUGAGAGACUACGACACCUUCCCUUUCUUCAACGUAUACGUCGACGAAGACCCUACGGACACGGCUGGCAAGAGGACCAAACGAUACAUACAGAUCGACCAGCCUGACCUGUUGAUCCCUAUUGAAUGGAACAACGAGACUGAGAAGACUCAAGUUACAAGGGAGACGCUGCUUCCUUUCUUGGCUUUAUGCGAUAGGCACCUGGCGCUGCUGGGGGCCCCGCCGGGCAGCGGCAUUAUCCACGUUGGCGCAUUCAUCUCGCUGUCUUCAGAGCUUGCUGUGGCCGAAGCACCUCUGAGCCACCGCAGCUCCAAAGGGCAGCUCUAUCAGCGCUUGACCAUCAAGGAGUUACAGCAUAAAGCCCCAGCUAUUGACUGGUUGGGUUGCCUGCAGGCUGCGUUCCAUUCACAGCCACUCUUUGAAGACGACCACAUCCUCCUGCACAACCUGCCUUAUAUCGUGCAGAUGUCCCACAUCAUCAGCAACUGGAUGAGCGGGCACGAACUGAGCUCCAGCGGCCCCCUCCACACGUUCAUGGUGCUCAACUUGCUGCACACCCUACUGCCCGCUCUGGACUCAAGAUUCUCAGACACGCCGAAUAAUUUGUCAGCGGAUCUGGGUGACACAGGAGUGAGGCAACGCAAUCUUCACUCAAAAACAAACGCUUUGAGUGAGCUCUUCACAGCGGCCCCUCGCUGGAAACGCUGCGUGCUGGAAACCGAGCGAGGAUUCAACGGGGUUCUGGCACAUCUGUUUAGAGAAGACGUCACUGGCAGAGAGGCAGAGGAGCUUAGUAAAAACAUCCUGUCUUCCUUCAAGUCACAACUGCACGAGCUCAAGUGGAGCGACAAGAAGACUCUCCAGUUUGUUAUGAAUAAGGUUCAGUCCGUAACUCCAAGAAUUGUGAGUACAAAAGAAAACUCUAGUGAGGCUGAGCUUGACCUGCUUUAUUCAGAGGUGACCAUCAGCAUCCACAGCUUCUUCUCAAACUACCUGCAGCUGCUGUCCUUAUUGCAAAAGAGGCGCAGUGGACUCUUGCAUGCGGACAGUGAUGACGCUGAUAUUCUACCACCAUCUCCAUCUCUUCUGGGCAAUGAGCUGAUCAUUCCCAUGGGAAUGUUUAUCCCUCCUCGCUUCCAUCCCACAUACCCAAGAGCUAUGAAUUACGGCGUGAUGGGUUUCCUUCUGGCCAAAGACCUCCUUCACGUGCUUCUACCUGACAUUCACGCCAAGAGUGCAACGGUGGGUGCUUUGGGGCAGUGUGUUUGGUCAAGCUACCGCACCGUGACCUACAAGGACAGUGAGGCGCUUCCGCUACCUGCAGCUCAGCAGCAGGAAGUGUGGGUACACUAUUCGGCACUGCAGAUAGCGCUGAAGGCAUAUCAGAAGAGUCUGAAGAAGCAACCGGCAGAUACGUCCAUCUCAGGAUUCUCACGCACUCGUCUGUUUUUUAUGGCAUUCUCUCAGGUCAACUGUGACGCUGACCAGUAUCACCACUUGAUGCCUCUGGAGCCGUCCUUCCUCAUCACAGCCAUCUGUGCCAAAUCUCGUCUUUGCCCCCCAAACCUGCAAUGCCCUAAAACAACUCCGCGACAUUCGUCGCAUGGAUGCUGAAUAUGUUUGAAGGACACAUUAUGCUUUUUUUUUUUCACAAUUUAAAACAGUUCUCUGGUGUCUUAAUAACAUAUGUCUAUGUCUGAAGAUCGAGAAUUAUACACUUUACAAACCCCAUACCUUGCCUUGACGAAAAUAGCCCCUGUUCUGCAAGUGAGCCAGCCCUCAUCCCACCCCACAAACUGCUGAGCCAAUAGCAGGUCUGGCUUUCAUUACCGUGAUGACUGGUGGACCGGAUCUCGACAGGCGAGUGAGCAUGUUCCAGCUCGAUAGCGAGUGCUACUAAUGGAAGCAGAGCCCAGUGUGGGACAAAAAGCAAGUGCCCUUAGGGACAACAAAAGCGUUUUAACUCGUGGAGGCAUCAGUUCAUACACUAUAUUGUGUGUAUGUGGUGCAUGGACACAUUGUCAAACCCCAAUGCUCAACUCAAAAUCAAAUCUGCACUUCUACCCCACUGUUAUGUACAGCAGGGUGUAAGUGCAGAAUUUCAAAGUUGAUGGUUGGGAACUCACACCAGAGACCCAACUAUUUGGACACAAACAAUAAAAAGUCAAUUUUCCAUAAUAUGGCAACUUUUUGAACAGUACAGGUAAAUCAUAUCCUCCACUGCGCUGUAACAUUGUGUAUGUACAAAGGCAAACUGUUGUUGCAUUCAUACAAGUGAUGUAUACAGUAAGUACGGAACGUAUUCAGACCACCUUAAACUUUUCACUCUUUGUUAUAUUGUAGCCAUUUGCUAAAAUCAUUUAAGUAUUUUUUUCCCUCAUUAAUGUACACAGAGCACCCCAUAUUGACAGAAAGAAACGGAAUUGUUGAACUUUUUGCAGACUUAUUAAAAAAGAAAAACACAACUAUUCAGACCCUUUGAUGUGACACUCAUAUUUAACUCGGGUGCUGUCCAUUUUUUCUGAUCAUCCUUGAGAUGGUUCUACACCUUCAUUGGAGUCCAGCUGUGUUUGAUUAUACUGAUUGGACUUGACUCCCUUUCUAUAUAAGACCUUAGAGCUCACAGUGCAUGUUGGAGCAAAUGAGAAUCUUAAGGUUCCUAAGAGCACAGCGGCCUCCAUAAUCCUUAAAUGGAAAACGUUUUGGGAGACCAGAACCCUUCCUAGAGCUGGCCAUCCGGAAAUACUGAGCAAUCGGGGGAGAAGAGCCUUGGUGAGAGAGGUAAAGAAGAACCCAAAGAUCACUGUGGCUGAGCUACAGAGAUGCAGUCGGGAGAUGGGAGAAAGUUCUAGAAAGUCAACCAUCACUGCAGCCCUCCACCAGUCGGGGCUUUAUUGCAGAAUGGCCCGACGGAAGCCUCUCCUCAGCGCAAGACUCAUGAAAGCCCGCAUGGAGUUUGCUAAAAAAACACCUGAAGGACUCCAAGAUGGUGAGAAAUAAGAUUCUCUAGUCUGAUGAGACCAAGAUACAAAGUGUUGGCCUUAAUUCUAAGUGGCAUGUGUGGAGAAAACCAGGCACUGCUCAUCACCUGUCCAAUACACUCCCAACAGUGAAGCAUGGUGGUGGGCAAUAUCAUGCUGUGGGGGUGUUUUUUCAGCUGCAGGGACAGGACGACUGGUUGCAAUCAAAGGAAAGAUGAAUGCGGCCAAGUACAGGGAUAUCCCGAAUGAAAACCUUCUCCAGAGUGCUCAGGACCUCAGACUGGGCCGCAGGUUCACCUUCCAACAAGACAAUCACCCUAAGCAGACAGCUAAAAUAACGAAGGAGUGGCUUCAGAACAACUCCGUGACUGUUCUUGAAUGGCCCAACCAGAGCCCUGACUUAAACCCAAUUGAGCAUCUCUGGAGAGACCUGAAAAUGGCUGCCCACCAACGUUCACCAUCCAACCUGACAGAACUGGAGAGGAUCUGCAAGGAGGAAUGGCAGAGGAUCCCCAAAUCCAGGUGUGAAAAACUUGUUGCAUCAUUCCCAAAAAGUAUUAGCUCAAAAGGGUGCUUCUACUAAAUACUGAGCAAGGGGUCUGAAUACGUAUAGCUGUGUGUAUUUCAGUUUUUAUUUUUUAAUAAAUCUGCAAAAAUGUCAACAAUUCCGUUUUUUUUCUGUCAAUAUGGGGUGCUGUGUGUAGAUUGAGGGAAAAAAAUUAACUUGAGUGAUUUUAGCAAAUGGCUGCAAUAUAACAAAGAGUGAAAACUUUAAGGGGGUCUGAAUCCUUUCCGUACCCACUGUAGCCUACAUAAUGUGUAAAAUGACUAUUUUUGUAUGUGAGCCUUGUUUGAGUGCUAUAUUAGUCGCACAGAUAUGUUUGGUGUUUAUUUGUGUUCUGUUGAAAAAUAAACUGUCGAGGUACAUUCAGUGA